ACCCAUCACAAAACAGAAACAAAAACAAGAAAAUGCAAAAGAAACUAGUAGCACACUGUAUCCUCUUGCUUUCUUUAUUUUCUCUAUCUUCUUUAGCGUUUCCAUGGAGCCAAAGCCAAAGCCAGGAAGAUUUUAAUCAAGCAAAGAACUACGAAGGCUCUUCUGAUUUAGUAGAUCUGCAAUACCAUAUGGGUCCUGUCUUAGCUUCAUCACCUAUCAACUUAUAUAUUAUUUGGUAUGGUCAUUGGAACCAAAACCAUCAAGCUACUAUAAGAGACUUUAUCUACUCACUUUCUUCUUCAGCUCCUUACCCUUCUGUUUCUGACUGGUGGAAAACUGUCCGGUUAUAUACCGAUCAAACCGGAUCCAAUGUGACUGGAAAUAUAAUCCUUUCAGGAGAAUUUUAUGAUUCAAGCUAUUCCCAUGGAAAUUAUCUAAGCCGUUUAGAUAUGCAAUUAGUUAUAAAAAAUUCAGUUUCUACCCAUUUUAGACCUUUGCCUCUAAAUCCUCAUAGUGGGCUUUAUCUAGUACUAACUUCAAGUGAUGUUCAAGUUCAAGAUUUUUGCAGGGCAGUUUGUGGUUUUCACUAUUUUACAUUUCCAACUACUGUUGGAGUUACUGUGCCUUAUGCAUGGAUAGGUUAUAGUGGAAGUCAGUGUCCUGGAUUGUGUGCAUACCCUUUUGCGUGGCCUAAGUAUUACUCAGGGAGGGCACCAAAUAAGGGGAAUAGUAUAAUGAAAGCACCAAAUGGAGAUGCAGGUGUUGAUGGAAUGAUUAGUGUGAUUGGCCAUGAACUAGCAGAAGUUUGUAGUAAUCCUUUAGUAAAUGCAUGGUAUGCAGGGGAUGAUCCAACUUCACCAACAGAAAUAGCUGAUUUGUGUUUAGGUGUGUAUGGGACUGGAGGAGGAGGAGGGUAUGUUGGGAAUGUGUAUAGAGAUUAUUGGGGAGAUGGGUAUAAUUUGAAUGGAGUAAAGGGAAGGAAAUUUUUAGUUCAAUGGAUAUGGAAUCCUACAAAGAGAAGAUGCUUUGGGCCAAAUGCACUGGAUUAAAGGUUUUGUUCGUGUAUAUGAAUUUCUUCUUCUUAUUGUUACUAUUAUUACUAAUUUGGCUCUAAUAAUGUCUGGAUUCAUCAAGUUCCCAAUUUUUUGAAACAGUUUCAUCUCAGUAGUAUUGAAACAAAGCUUAUUAGGUGGUGUUAUAAUUCAUGUAUAUGAUUUCAUAUUAUUUGCUUAUUGCCCGCCUAAUGCAUAAACUUGCUCUCUAAGAUUUC